AUGCGUAUUAAAGCAGGAACACAUAAGACAACAAAAUCUGCUAAGAGAUUUACAUUCAAGUCGUUUGCUGAGCAAAUUGACUCCAUCAACAUCAGCUCAUCUUUGAAGCUAGCAAAUAACAACCACAACAGAAACUAUAUCAACACAAAGGAAAACUCUUCAAAGGACUUUUCCUACUAUAUUUCAACUUUGGAACACUGGAAAGAAAUCAAUCUAUCAAACAACUUCAACGAGUUUCUAUUGAAAACAGACUCCUUUUCUCAAAGUUUACCUCAGAUUUUGCACCACAAAUCCAUAAUAUUUAAAGCUUUAAAGCAUUAUCUAUUGAAAAAUGAUCCCAAUUCUUUAGAGGCUCUACUAGAUCUCUUGAUUCAAUUUAUCCAUGACUUGAACCAUGAAUUUUUGCAGUUUUAUAAAGAAACCAUCCAGUUAUUGGCCCAACUAGUCGAAAUUAACUUGAAUCCUAGUUCAAAAGAUCCCAAUAAUAACAACCAAGAAAACUCUGAAUGUAUUGAAUGGUUAUUCACUUCUUUUGCUUUCAUUUUCAAGUACCUUUCGAAAAUCACCACAAGUAACCAAUCCACAAAUAACCAAGACGAUUAUUUUCUAAUGACUUUUGAAUUGUUAUUGCCCUUAUUAAAAGCAUCAAAGAAAAACUAUGUCAUCAAAUUUUUAUCCGAAUCUCUAUCAUUUUUAAUCAGAAAAUCCUCUACAGAUAACUUGAUCCAACUAAUAAAUUUAUCAUUUACUCAAACUGACUCUCUUUUGUACAAUAGCAAUGCAUUGAUUAUAAUGUUUACUGAAUCAGUUAAAAAUAUAAAAGGCUCCUACCAUUCAAAUUCCUUAAAAUUAAUUCCAAUCUUAUUAGAUCACUCGUUACUUAAAAACCCACAAAAUUCAAAUGAGGUAACGAUUAUUUCCGAUAUUUUCCUUCAAAUUAUUAACCAUGGCCAAAAAAACAAUUCCUCUAUAAUUUACGAAAUAAUAUUAAAAGAAUUAUCAAAUAUUUUGAAACACAACGUCACCGUUAAUCUGCUUUCAAUAAUUAAAAUACUAAUUUCUUUAGUAUUUUCCGAAGGUGGUAUUAAAAUAAAAUCUGAAAAUUGGUCUUCAAUAAAACAAAUUAUCGAUAUACUAAUUCAAAAAAAUAAUGAGAUUAACAAUGAGAUUAAUAAUAACAUUGAAAAUGACAACAAUGAUUUUAUAAACCAUUUAUCUUUAUUAUAUGCUAUCAUAAUCAAAAACUCUGACAUAAAGUUUUUAAUUCAAUAUCAUAAUCAAAUAUUUAACUCAAUGAUCAAUUUAAAUCAUGGCGACAGUUUUUUGCCUUUUGUCGAAAUAUCAAUCGAAAUAGCACCAGAAAGAACCAUUUCCUUUGGCAAAAAAUUUAUACAAGAUUUUAUUUUGAAAAAUUGGCUCAUCGAUGACGUUGUUAAAAAAACUCAAAGGCAAAAACAAAUAGCUUUGUUUUUAAAUGAUUUAAAUGAUAAGAGUUUAAUCUCAACUGACUCGAAAUCUAUAUCAAAUUCAAAGAUUUCAAUUAUCAUAACCAGUGAUUUUUCUAAAGAUCUUAUCUCUAAUUUGAAGUUUGAAAAUGAUGGUUCCAAUUUUAAAGAUGAAAUAUAUUGGAGAUUAUUAAUUUUGAAAUUUGUGAAUCAAAUUGAUUUUUCCAAAACUUAUUUUAACAUCAUCAUUGAUCUUUUGAAUUCUAUAACUUCAAAUUCCUCUUCAAUUGAAAGCUUUAAUAAGGACAUUUAUGGAAAUAUACUAAGCUUUUUGUCUUCUCAAGUUUUAAAUGACUCUCAAAAUUCUAUUAUCCUAAAUCUUGUAAUUAAAGAUUUUGAUAGAUUGAAAGAAAGUUUAGUUUUUAUAAAUGCUACUUUACUGUUUCUAUCAAAAAAUAUCAAUGAAAAAAAUGCUCAAUCUUUCGAAAUUUUAAAAGAAAAUUAUAAAAAAAUUAUUAGUUCAGCUAGUAAAUUAUUGUUAUUUGCUAACCAUAAACUAAGAUACUUUGGAUUAUCUUUAAUUAUAAAAAUUUUUGAGCUUUUGAAAAUAAAACCCUUUUCGUUGCUAUCUCAAUGUUCGAUCAUUGAAGAAAUGCCAUUAAAUAUUGACACGAUUAGAGAUUUAACCAUAAGGAUAAGGUCUUUAGCUUCUGAUUAUUCAAAAUUUGAUGUCAAUUUCGAUGAAAAUUCACAAUUAGUUUCAUCUAUAAUAAUAAAUUAUAUAUUUGGUUUAUUAACAGUUAAGUUUCAACCUGUUGCAACUGCAAUUGGUGACAAUUUCUCCAUUUUUGCAAAAAAAAAUGAAACUGAACUAUGGAAUUUAGUUGAAUUUUUUUUAAAUUAUAAUUUUGAUAAUAAUAAUAGUCAAUCAGAAGAACAAAAAGAAGAUAAUAAUAAUGUAAACAAACAAAAAUUAAAUUACAAUAUGCACUCUUCUGAUUUUAAAUUAAAAAGUCAUUUUGAAGCUUGCAUUAAAUUUUUUAUUGAUUAUUCCUACAUCGAUCACUCUAUAGUGACAUACUCUAAAAAGCAAUCAGGGGAUUCUAAAUUUCCUGAGAUUAUCAGGAGUUAUAUAAUAAGAGCCUUAAUGAAGGUUCCGGAUUUAGCUCAAAAACAUUCUUCUUUCCUUGUUCCAUUUUUAUUGCAAAAAAGUGAUGAUUUUGAAAAUGAAUUCAAAGAAAAAGGAUUAACUGAUUGGCCAUUAAGUGAUAUUAAUUUAUUAUUAAAACUAUUUUCCAAAUUUUCUCAUAUUAAAAAUAUUUCAAAAAAUCAAUUGGUUUACAGUCAUUUGCUUUCUCUUUUAUGUAGUCAAAACAAUAAAAUAAGAAAGUUGGCUUUAGAAUGUAUCAUUAAUUGGAAAAACCAGCAUAUUAACAAAAGUGCUGAAAAUCUAAGAAAUUUACUUGAUCCUACUUUGUUUAAAGAUGAAAUUAUAAAGUUCAUUGUGAAGGGAGAUAAUAGUGUAAUUGAAGAGGAAGAUCUUGUUUAUGUGAUGCCAUUGAUUUUGAGGAUUUUGUUUGGUUGUUCUCAAAAUUCAAAAAAUAGUGAUUCCAAACAAGGAAGAAAAUUUGCUGUUAUUAGUAUACUACCAAAUUUAGAAGAAAAACACAUUAAGGACUUUCUCAAAUUAGGAUAUGAUAAACUUCCCUAUGAACCCAUGUUCAAUGUUCAAGAUGCAGUGAUUAACUUCUAUUUAGAAAAUACAUCAGAAAGAUUGCUAAGAAAAAUGAAUGGUUUUACAAAUGUUCUGUUUGAGACCAUUAAAACCCUUGGUUACUCUUCCCAAGAAUCUUUGACAACAAUUUUGAAACCUUUGAUUUUUUGUUUGUCAUACUGUCAAGCAGCCAUUGACAACAAAACAUGUUUAACUUCGAAUAAUUUGGAAAAAUCUGCUCGUUUGACAAGACAAAUGGGCAUGAAAUGUUUGCUUUCACUAUUUUCUAUUGAUUUAAAAAGUUUACAAAACUAUAAAGAUAUAAUUUACCAAUAUAUUGUUCAGCCUCGUCUUGAAAAAUUUGACACUGAGAAUCUCCAACAACCUUCUUCUUUGUUAAAUGUCCUUAUAAAUUGGGCUAGCAAUAGUGACUAUUAUUCAUUUCUUUAUAUUGACGAUUUUUCUCCCACAAAAGCUAUUCUAGAUUUGAUGCUAAAUGAGAAUGCCAAAGAGACUGUGGUUUUGAAGUGUGUUGAAUUCUGUACUUCAAUCAUAUCGAACGUUAAUUUGGAGGAUGAUCAUUAUAUUGAAUUAACUGCUUUAGUUAUUGAUGCUGUUCUUAAUGCAUCAGAGACAUUUGCCAAAUUGACAAAUCCUGAUGUAAACUCAAAGGUUAUUAAUAUCUUGUAUUUAAUAAUUAAUGGUGGGUAUUUGACUAAUGAUAAUUUAAUAAAACAAAUUAUCCACUUAUUAGUUGAAAAUAUUGACAAGUCUUACAGAUCAAUCAAGGUUGAUGAUAAAAUUAAAAUUUUUGAGUCAUUAACAAAUUUAAUAGCUGAGUUUGACUGUUCAUUUGAUGAUAUUGCUUUUUUGUAUAAAUCAGUUUCUCGUUAUUUCAAAGUAAGCCGUGAAAAUGCUAUUAGAGAAAAAUUGGUCUCAGUGAUGUCAAUGAUAGGCAAAAAAUUUCUCUUAUUCAAGGAAGUUUCUGAUUUAGUGGCUGAUCUUAACAGCUUUGGAACCAGAUUAAACGAAAAGGAUCAUUUGAAACGUCACAGUGCUUCUGAACUCAUUAAUGAAAAACUAUACCAGAGUUUUAGUGCUGAACAGUGGUUGCCACUUGUAUAUAAUGCAUUGUUUUUUAUCAAUGACGGCGAAGAGUUAUCCUUUAGAAAGGAUUCUUGUUUAACAUUGUGCAGGUUUGUGGAUUGUUUUACCAAUAAGAAUUCUUCAGAUAAAGCUGAACCUUAUAUUCAGUUGUUGAAAAAGGUGAUAUUACCUGAUUUGCGAGUUGGUUUGAGGUCAUCUAAUAUAUUAAUUCAAACCGAAUAUAUUCUAUUUUUCCAGCAUAUCAUAGCUCAUGCUAAAUAUUUGGAUGAUUUUGCCGAUUUAAAAAUUUUGUUAAGUGAGGAAAAUGAAGAGAGAAACUUUUUUAUGAACAUGACUCAUAUACAACUACAUCGUCGUCAAAGGGCACUCAAAAGAUUGAGGGAAGUCUCUUCAAAUAUAUCUGCACCCAAUAUAGCCCAUUAUAUUCUUCCCAUGAUUGAACAUUAUGCUUUCUCAAUUGAUCCAAACUUCAACAACAUAACCGAUGACACAAUUGAAACUAUUAAAGUAUUAUCUAGCUGCCUUGCAUGGAAUCAAUAUAAGGCUUUGGCUAAAAGAUACAUUUCCUAUUUUAAAAAAAGAGAUGAUUUGUUCCGCAAUGCUAUCAGAGUUAUCAUUGGUAUUUCAAAAUCCCUUCUAGACUCGAAAAGAUCAAGAAUUAAUGGGGCUUCUCUGAUUAUCAAGAAUUUACCAGUAAAAAACGACGAUAUUGAUAACUUUGUGAUGCAUGACAUGCUUCCUGUUAUGAACAAAAUACUAAUUGAUCGUGAGGAGGAGUUUGUGCUUUUAAGAGUGCCAAUUGCAGAAGCUAUGACAUCUUAUAUUUUAUGUUUAAAUGACGAGUUAAUAACUAAUGAGUUUCCUGGAUUUUUAACCAAAGUUUGUCAUAUGCUUCGAAGUAAAUAUAAUGACUUACGUGAUGUUGUUAGAAAGAGUUUGAGCAGAAUGGCUCAUAUUAUGGGUGCUGGAUAUUUGAACUUUUUGUUAAAAGAAAUGAAAACUGCAUUAGCUCGUGGUUCUCAAAUUCAUGUUUUGAGUUAUACCCUCCACUCUUUAUUAAUUUCCUUAAAGAGCAAUCUUAAACAUGGAGAUUUGGAUGAAUCAGCAUAUAUUAUUUCAUCGAUUGUAAUGGAUGAUAUAUUUGGCGAUGCAGGAUCAGAAAAGGAUGAGGAAAAUUACAAGACUCAAAUGAAGGAAGUAAAGGCCAGAAAAAGUGGAGAUACAGCUGAAAUGUUGACUAAUAACAUAUCUUUAAAUGCUUUUAAAUAUGUUGUUGAGCCUAUUAAACGAUUAUUAGGUGAAACACUUUCCGCCAAGGACCAAAAUAAACUAGAUGAUUUGUUAAAAAGAUAUUCUGCUGGUUUGAUACACAAUGAACAAUCCUCAACUAAAGAUGCUCUUUUAUUAUGCUAUGAACUAUACUAUGAAUCCUCUAAUAAUCCUUUUACUGAAAAAAGGAAAGCUCAGCAGUUACUUGAGUCUGAAGAUCAUUUUAUUGUGAAUCUUGAUGCAAAAUCUCAAAAAUUACAUUUACAAGAAAGUAGAUAUUAUUCAAUUACAUUGAAGAGAUUUUCAUUUGAAUUUCUAUUAUCUAUAUUAAAAAGAAAUAGUUCAUUGGUAACAGCUGGAAAUUUAGCUGAAUUUGUUCCUUUGUUGAGAAAUGCUGUUGACUCACAAGAUGAAAAACUUAUUGUUUCAUCGCUAAAAGUUUUAAACGUUAUUGUCAAAGUCAAUUUCAGUGAUAAAGAAAUUAAAAAUUUCAAAUUUAUUGCUAGAAAAUGUUUAGUAUUGAUUAAAGACUCCCCGUUAACAAGCUCAAAUCUUUGCCAGGCAUGUUUAAGGUACUUGAGUGCAGUAAUUCGUAAUAGAGAAGAGAUUCAAUUAAAGGAAACUGCCAUUAGUUACAUACUAGUACGAUUGCAACCAGAUUUGGAAGAACCUGAGAGACAAAGUUUAGCGUAUAAUUUUUUGAAGGCAGUUGUUUCCAAACAUUUGAUGGUUCCAGAGGUAUAUGAUACGUUGGAUAAAGUCAAGCAGAUUAUGGUAACCAAUCCAUCAAAAGAAACCCGAGAUGUUUCAAGAAGCAUCUACUUUCAAUUUUUAAUGGAAUAUGAUCAGAGUAGAGGAAGAUUAGAAUCACAGUUUAAAUUUUUAGUAAAUAAUUUAAGUUAUAAAAUUCCAACUGGAAGAGAAUCUGUUAUGGAAAUAAUGCAUUCAAUUUUUCUUAAAGCAGACAAUAAUUUAAUUAUGAGAUUGUCAUCAAGUUUUUUUAUUGGAUUGAGUAAUGUUGUUUGCACUGACGAAUCUUCUAAAUGUCGUGCAAUGGCUAGUGAAUUGAUUAAAGAAAUUUUUCAAACAUUGGGCAAAAAUAAAUUAAUAACAAUUGAAGAUUAUAUGAUUUCUUGGGUGACUCAAUCGGAUAAUAAGCUAUUGUUAAGAUGCGGAUUACAAGUUUAUAAACUAUAUUUAGAAACAGUUGGAUUGCAUUUUAAUGCUAAGCUUGACGAAGUUGUAAUGAAGAAAAUUUGUCAAGUUUUUGAAACUGAUCAAAUUAAUUCAGUUGAUACUGAAUUGGAUGGAUUUAAUAGUAAAAAUGAAAAUUGGGAAUUGAUUUUUGUUUCCUUGAAUAUAAUCAAUACAAUUUUGGAGAACGAAAAAGAUAGCAAAGUCAUUAAUAAUAAUGUUAAUAAUAUUUGGGACAGUGUUGUUUCCCUAUUGUUGUAUCCACAUUCAUGGGUGAGGUUGGCCUCAUCUCAAAUAAUUAAUAAAUUUCUUCAAAGAAUCGAUAAAUUUAGUGAUAAUUAUAAAAUUCAAAACAUUGGAUAUAGAUUAAUUAGAUCAUUGGGUGCACCAUCAAUUGAUGAAAAUUUAGGUGAAGAAUUGGCAAAAAAUAUCACUCUUAUAGCUAAAUAUUGGGUUGAGAAUCAAACAUUAUAUAUUAAAAGAGCUGAGGAAGAAGAUGAUGAUGAAGAGACGAAUCAGAAUGGAGAGAUUGGCAAUAAUGGUAAUAAUAAAAACAAAAAAGCGGAUAGAAAAACCCACAAUCUCAGUGUUGAGUGGUUAAUAUAUAGAAUAAGUUAUAUCUUGAAAAAAGAUUACAAUUUCAAAAAACUAGUAACAUCAAAGAUAAAAUCGGUUGGGAUUUUUAAGUUUUUGAUUGAACGUUUAUCAGUUGAACAAAUAAUUGAAAACAAUGAGCUAAUAUUAUUACCGUUGUAUAAUUUAUCUGAAAUUGAAUAUGAAUUUGAAGGAGUAGAGGAUCUAAAAGCUGCCACAAGUGAAUGUCUUACAAUAUUAGAGAAAAGGAUUGGAACGUCUAAUUUCACAAAAAUAUACUCUGGUAUUAAGCAGAUUGUGGAAAAAAGAAGAAAAGAAAGAAAAAUGAAAAUGCAAAUUUUGGCUGUUUCCAACCCAGAAAUAGUUGCAAAGAGAAAGUUGAAAAAGCACGAAAGACAUCGUCAAAAAAGAAAAUUAGAUAAAGAUUCUAGUGGUCUUUAUCGUGUGAAAAAGAUGAAGGUUUCCAAAUAAGGAUUUUUUGUAAUAUUUUUAAUCGUUUUUGUUUUAUUUUAGUCAUUUUUGUUUUUUUAAUUCUAUUUAAUUCUAUAGAGAUAUACUCUUUCGAUUGGUAUUUCCGUUGGCUCUGAAUUUCAACCGACAUGAUU